AUUGCUCAAAUACAUUGGGGCUAUGUGCAUAGGCAUACAUCCAUACCUCCAUAUUCCAGUCCAUUGACUCGCCGCUCAGUUCUCCGAUGUUGUCUGAUCAUCAAUGUUGGUGAUUUGGUUGCUGAUUGACUCGGAAACUACAAGCGUUCCCGGACUCACACAACCUCCUUGCUUCCGCAUACUGUAGUAGCUUAUCGGAAAUCGGACUUGAAGUUCUGGAGUUUCGGUCGCGAGGGGCCAUAUCGUAAGAUCCUUAAUACCCGUGCUCUGUGAGCGUCUGCAUAAGCAAUAUAUGCCUCUCAGAGCGGCAGGUGAUGUUUUUGAUCUAUCUGGGGACGAUUCAUAUAUAGCCCUUGACGAAGCAUGAUACUCUUUCUCUCACAGCCCAAUGUCUAUCGAUAUCUCUCCAGGCCAGUUUGUAACAUCCUCUGAUGGCACAAAGAUUUGGGCUCAUGCCUGCGGAAACCCGUCCAAGCCGGCAGUGGUGUUCAUUCAUGGAUUCGCUUGUACCGCAGAUGCUUUUAACAAGCAAUAUUCCAAUGCCAAAAUGCUAGAAAACUUAUACAUCAUUCGCUAUGAUGUUCGUGGAUGUGGACGAAGUGAAGGACCAUUGAGCGGGGAGGCGUACUCGUCUGAGCUCCAGGCGGAUGAUUUCAAAGCUGUCACUAAUGCGUUUAAGGUCGCGAAACCAUUUGUGGCAACAUGGUCUCUCGGUGGAAUUGUUCCUCCCGACGUUAUUGCUAAAUACGGGCCUGACUCUCUCUCUGGUCAUAUAAUGAUGGGAUCGUUCCCUCAUCGUAACAUGCAUUCCGAAGUCGUUCAUCCCGUCAUUCUCAGCCUCAUUCCAGGACUCAUGACUGAAGAUAUUGCUUUAUUUGCUAAAACUCUUCCGGAAUUCGUCCUCUCUUGUGUGUCUCCAAAUCACAAACUUCCUUACGAUGUCUAUACUCAAUGGUUGGGAGGUGCGGCUCCGAGGGCCCCUAUCGUGCGGCAGUCUAUGCUUGGUCGAGGUCAAGACUCCACCGCUAUCAUGGCGGUUGCUAAUAAUUUCCCUUACAUGGCAAUUCAGGGCGAAGAUGACCAACACCUUGUUCCCAAAAAUUUGGAAAAAUGGAUGAAGGAUUACCUUGCUCGAUCUGAAUUUCAUCUCAUUCCCGGAGUUGGCCAUGCUCCAUUCUACGAAGCACCAGACGUUACGAAUAAGCUUAUCCUUGAUUUUGUAGAGAAAUAUUCAGGUUGAUCUGCCAGCAUUUGGCAUUGCGGGUCUGAGCUUAUGUAUCAACGAGUAUCCACCAUCAUGUUAUGUAGAAGCAUUGCGCUGCAUGGGGAUCCACUUCGACACUUACAAAGAAAUAUUUUACAUACUUCGGUGUAUAUUAGUCCGAUGCCUUGAAUAUAUGCAAAUCUU